UAGAGGGCGCCAGAACCACAGACGCUCAGCCGCCAGAAGAAGACUUCCCAUGAUGCAACUCGGCGCGCUAACUUCAAGGUAGAGAGACAUGUUUGUUUUCAGUUCAGCGCAGAUAUUUGCCUCUUUGCUGUAGCUGUGUCUCAAACCUGUUGGUGUAAAUACUAUUCGUGUCUUUCCUUCGAGCUAAAUGAGCCGCAACGAAUUUGUAGUAUUUUAGUAGCUGAAGCUGUCUUUGAAAAUUCGCAGCUGCGUUUAUUAAAUAGUCAGAGUCUAGCCUACAUUUAAAUGAAUAAAAAAAUAACUUGCUGACGGGUCAACCGAGGAUGAGCAGUCCAGGAGACCGCAGCGGCUGCUCCGUCAGUCCCGCUGACCUCUUUGAGGACGUUUGGAGGCAGCUAAAAGAGUGCCACCAGAACACGGUACAAGAAUAUGAGUCGAAAGUGAGUAAGCUGAAAAAGGACCGCUGUCUAGACGCUCAGAAGCUGGAGGUGUUUUAUAAUCGCAACCAGCAGCUCAAGGAACAAAACAAAAGCCUCCAGGACUCCAUCGGCCUGCUGGAAGACAGGCUCCGUGUCGCAGAGUGUGAUCGAUGCGCUGCCUUGGAGGAGAAGCUGAAAAGCAGUCAGGAUCAGAAUAUGGUUGUCAUCACUAAACUAAAAAAUGAGAAUAAAAACCUGGAAGAUGAAAACAGAAAUCUUCAAGCUGAACUGCAAAAGAUGAAGAUGCGUCACAGAUGUUGUUUUUGCAUCAGUGCGGACCUGGAGGAGACGUCGGAGCGGGACGAGGGCGUCAUCCCGGACUCGCCGAUCCUGACCAGCUCACUGCCAGCGGCGAGCAGACUGAGGAAACGUAAACACCCCGACAAGAGCAGACGUGUUCGUUACGCAGAGACGCCGCUGCUGCAGAAGAAUAACUCCCUCUUUAAUGAGUUGAAGAAAGAGGCUGAUGGAGGUGCAAAGAAUUCUGGGAGAGAAGUGCUUGUGCCAAACACCUGUGAACUGGACACAUCCCAGAGCUCAAAUGACAUGAAAGAAGAAACUGAGGAGGUAGUUGCAGAAACGUGCGCUUUAGAGGUGCUUGACUGUCGCCAUCUUGUAAGUACAGCUCUGUGUGAUUAACAUACAGCGCCCAAC